GCUGUUAUUCUGAUUUGUUGACACGAUUUUGAGGCAGAAGGUCCCGCGCCCAGCCAAGAGCAGAUAUUCUAAUUUCGCAGUGCAUUUCUUUCACAUAUUUUAAUUUCUGAAACUAUUCAUUGAAUCGAACAAAAUGUAUAGUAUUGCAAAACAGUCUUUUCUGUUUGGAAGGAAACUGGCGAGCAUUUCAGUUCCAAGAGUUUGUCUUUUACAUUCUGGAGCUAGUAGCAAUGUAGUAGCCAAUGCUUCAGCAGUCAAGUCUGGAUCACAUGAUGGUCAAAGGCAACCUACAGCGAAAAUGCCCAAGUUAACUGAUGUUGGUUCUCGCACCUUAUUUGGUCCAGAACAAGAUUCUUUUAGAGAGAGUGUGAGGAAGUUUUUUCAAAAAGAGAUCACUCCUCAUAUUCAAGCGUGGAAUGAGCGUGGGUACACUGAUAAAGAAAUUUGGGAAAAAGCUGGAUCAUGUGGAAUGCUGGGUAUCAACAUACCAGAAGAACAUGGUGGUAUUGGAGGUUCUUUUGCCGAUGCAUGUAUUAUAAUGGAAGAACAAGGCUAUGCUUCUGCAAAUGGACCAGCCUUCCACCUUCAUUCUGAUAUUAUCAUGCCUUAUUUCAGCAAAUAUGGAAGUGAAGAACAAAAACAAAAGUAUAUCCCAGACAUGACAGCUGGUAAAAAAAUUUCGGCUAUCGCCAUGACUGAGCCAGACGCUGGAAGCGAUCUUCAAGGGAUCAAAUCAUUUGCGCGGAAGGAUGGGUCAGAUUACAUUCUUAACGGAUCCAAGAUGUUCAUCACCAACGGGUGGUUAGCCGAUGUCGUUGUAGUUGUGGCAGUAACCAACAAAGAAGCGAAAUCAGCAGCUCAUGGUAUUAGUUUGUUCCUCGUUGACGCAGAUACUCCUGGAUUUAAAAAAAGCUGGCUGAUGAAGAAAAUUGGCAUGGGAGCAUCUGAUACCGCGGGUUUGUUCUUCGAAGAUGUCCGUCUUCCAGCCAGUGCACUGCUGGGAGAAGAGAAUAAAGGAUUCUAUUACCUAAUGAAUGAAUUGCCGCAGGAGCGUUUGACCAUCGGCGUUCACGCUUGUGCUCAUUCCGAAUUCAUGUUUGAAGAGACGAAACAGUACGUGAUGCAGCGCAAAGCCUACGGCAAAACACUUUCCAACUUGCAGACGAUUCAACAUAAACUCGCCGAGAUGAAGACCGAGAUUUGCGUGGCUCGAGCUUUUAUCGACCAGUGUAUCGCGCUUCACGAAGAGCAACAGCUCGACGCCCAAAUGGCUUGUAUGGCCAAAAUCUGGGCCUCGGAGUUGGAAAAUAAGAUUGCAGCCCAAUGUUUGCAGUUACACGGAGGAGCCGGAUACCUUUACGAUACUCCUAUCGCUCGCGCUUACCUUGACGCCAGAGUUCAGACCAUUUACGGCGGGAGCAACGAAGUCCUAAAAGACCUCAUCGCUCGCCAGAUCCUAGCGCCUGCCAGAAAAUAAUAAUUGAUAUUGCAACAGCGGACG